AUGGCGUACCUCAUCGUUUUUGACCUGUGUGUGACGCUUCAGGCGCUCGUGUUGACUUUGGGCGCUUAUACAUUGCGUGGGGUUUGCUUGGUCAGCCAGCGACGACAUGAGUUUCAAUCGAGUGCACUGUGUUGGGCACGUUGUUCACAUCAAGUCUUCCAUUCAGUGACCCUCAUUCUUUUUCAUCGCUUCAAAAUGCCGGAAUUACACUACGACGAUCCAGAGGUCCAACAGUACCUUUUGUCCAAUGACCCACCUGGACAGGCGGUAGUCCCCGAGGUCCAAUUGGACUAUCGUUGCAACCUGAUCAUGAAAGGAAUGAACCUUACUUCCCAACACUGGCCGAUGUCGAAGGGGAUCGACCCAACUGGAUGA